AGAUGACAAAAAGAGUUUAAGAGAUGAGCUGAGCAGUGAUGACUCUCUCGUCUUCCUCCACGUCUCUUUGUCUUUGGCUCUUUGCAGACGAUGAAAGCCCAUGUUCUUGAGCAGAAGUUUCUAGUCUUCAAUCUCCCAUCCUUACCCUUCUUAUCGUCAAUCUUAGUUGCAUAAGGUGAUCUCUCAGAAAUCAGAUUUGAUGAUCGCUCCAAAGACUUGGUUCAUCCACAUCCAAUUUAUUCUUUCAGGUGCACUCGAACUUGUCCCAAUUUCACCUUUUUUGUAGUGGAUUUGAUCCGAAUUUGAUUCUAGAUUGGUGGGUUUUGGUCAGAGAUCUGUUCUAGUAUUACUUGGUUUCUCCCCCAAUGGUCUGGUCCCGCAGCUUGAUUUCGUUCUGCAAGUCCUCUGGUCGUCCCAUUAACAUGGCUACAAAUCCUUUAACAUUUCCCGAUCCAUCUACCAUUAACUCAAGGCAGAAUCAUCAACUCCAAAGAAACAGAAAGCAGCCCAAUUCUCUGAACCCCUUAAAGGUUCCGCCUUGCAAUCAAUCUCGAGCUGCAGCGGUGGAUGUGUUGAUCUUCAUUGCGGUCAUUGGUGCUUCUGGGUUUUUGGUAUUUCCUUAUGUUAAGCUAUUCUGCUAUGGCUUUUACGGAGUUGUCGAGGCAAUUCUUUCUGUAGUGAAAGACGAGGUAUGUCGAGCUCCAAUGGUCUAUGCAUCCAUGGGGCUGAGCUUUUUCUUCGCAGCAUUGGGUAUUUGGGGCAUCUCUAAAUGCACCCGAACUGGAAGGAAAUGUGGAAACCCAAACUGCCGCGGCCUCCGUAACUCGGUGGAGUUUGAUAUACAGAUUGAGACUGAAGAGAAUUUGAAGAAUUCGAGUACUUCCAUGAGCAAAGAUAGUAGUGUGCAGGGCCUUCUUGAAUUUGUACAAGAACACCAUAAAGAAUUAGAAAAUGAAUUAAGGAAGAUGGCGCCUGCAAAUGGGAGGGCUGUCAUCGUUUUCCGUGCCAGAUGCGGUUGCCCUAUUGGUAGGAUGGAAGUUCCGGGACCGAAGAAGCUCAGAAAGAUCAAGAAGUAGAGGAUAAAUUAUUGGUUAUUGAUAAAGAGGAAUUCGUAUAGGAGACUAGUUUCAACUUGGAGAAAAAUACUGCUUGUAUACUCAAGCUUUCCUGAACUAUACUGUAUUUAAAUAAGUCGGAUGAAAAAUAAGCUUGUAAGGACUGUCCCUGAAAGUGAAUCUGAACAUUAGCUUCUUCCCUUAUCUGUCUAGUAUUAUGUGAUGCAUUUCUCU